AUGUGGCUCUGUGAUUGGACCAGGGAAGAGGGAGGGGAAACUGGAGGAGGAGGGGAGGGGGAAGGGUCAUCGAGAUCGUUGAGUGACGUGGGGGUGUGUGAGGCACUGCUCAGCUCCCUCUUUGCAGCCGCCUUCUUCUUCUUCGCUGUGAUUCUCUGCAUUGCCCUCAUUGCACUUGUGUACACUUCCUACCACCCACCUAAGCUCAGAAGCAGAAAAUACCUUCUGGGUCGGAAAGCAUCUGUCAUUUCUAAUCCUGCGAGUGAAACAGCUUUCGUCUACUCCAACGGAUUGUUUGCAUCACACUUCAAAGACCCAUUGGCUUCCACGAAAGACUACCCAAUGCAUGAAAUAAACACGAUAUCAUCCCAUGUCGAGAAAAAAUCAUCAGCACCAUCGGCGCAACCUCUAGGCAUGUAUUUAAGAAGCAUCGUGGAACGAGAUACGGAUCGAUACCAGGCACUUGAGAAGGAAUCGGACUCGGAAGAAGAAGAUAGGCAAGAUUCUUCUACAGGCAAUGCUGACAUUGUAAUCAUAGAUCAAAACUACUGGCGAACUUAUCCACGAGAAGCAGAAAUAAACAAAGACAGACUUAACUUCAUAAGUGCUCACAAGUUUCGAUUAAACUCUGAACUGGAAGACUACUUGUCAUCUGAUCCUGAAAACGAAGAUUCAAUCAACAAAGUCACAGAAAAAUCACCGUUGAUUAGUGAUGCGAAAAAAGACAUUGUAAAACCUAUUGUAAAUGAACCACCCGCCUUUCAGGAGCGGAAAAUUAGUGUUGCCGAUGAGACGAGAUAUUCAAAAAGCUGUCAGACAUACGAGGAAAGUUCUAUUGCAUACAGUAUCGAAUCCACUAAACCAAUUGAAAUCAAGGAAAAUGUUUCUGUCCACCAGAAAUUCAAACCGAUUGAAGAUGAUUCCAAGUCUCAAAGGAAACCACAGCGCGAUGAAAGUCAAACAAAUCUUACGGAUUCUGACUACCCAAAAAUCACGAGCAGCUCAGAGUCUCAGAAUUCAGCAAAACUGAGUCGCAAUGUCUCAGCUCGAACCCGAAGUGGCCGAGAAAUCGAAGCCGACUCGCAUCAAUCGGACUUCGAAUACCUCAAAAACCGACUGAAGUCGACAAUGAGUUCACGAGUUGACUCGGAGAUCUCGCUUCACAGACAACGACCGAUGAGAAGAAAUAAGAAGAAAGUCUUAAUUGACCCUCACCCUUCCAAAAUUGGGCUCAGUGACCCCGAAAACUAAACGAAAUUUAAAAAGAAAUUAGUAAUUCAAUAUCCAAAAAUUACUAGAUUUA